AUACUAUAGCAACGUUGUCAACUUCCUGUUUGGGUGACAGCAUAAAAAAUAAAUAAACAUGGUUUAACAUCAGUGUUUGUGAAUCAAUACAGAGAACCGUUUAAAUCGUUUGACUAUUAUAGACUUUCAAAAUGCCAAUGUUAAAAGAACCAAAACUUAAACAACCUUUAUGGAAAGAGAACGAUUAUAAAGCACAAAAGAAAGGAAUUCGUCACACAGUUUAUUCUGUAAACGGUGAUCAGUACACAGGAGAAUGGCUAAACAAUCUUAAAGACGGUAAAGGAACAUACAAAUGGAAGGAGACUGGCACAAUUUAUGAUGGAGAUUGGAAGAAAGGAAAAAGAAAUGGUUUUGGUACUUAUAGUAGACCUGAUGCAAAAAAGAAAGGAGCAUUUGUUAAAGAAUAUUCUGGUGGUUGGAAGAAUGACAUGAGACAUGGUUAUGGGACCAAUUUCUACACAGAUGAGGAGUAUUAUGAAGGUGAAUGGUACGGAGACAAUAGAAGUGGCUGGGGAAGAAUGUAUUACAAAGACGGAACAAUAUACGAGGGCGAGUGGUACGAUGACAAACGUAAUGGACAAGGAAUGUUGAGAUUACCAAAUGAAAACAGAUAUGAGGGUUCUUGGCGUGAUGAUAAAAAGAAUGGACCUGGAAAGUUUUAUUACCUCACCCAUGGACAAUUGUAUGAAGGGGUUUGGGUAGAUGAUAUAGCCAAAUGUGGUACCAUGAAAGAUUUUGACAGAAACAGUGCCCCAGAACCCACACAGUACCCUAUACCAAAGGUGGAAUUAGCUAGUACCGAGGCAGUGUUACAGGAAAGUGAAGAACAGUUUUUACAUGAUCAAGAGUAGUUUAAAUAUCCGAAAUAAUAUUAAUUUGUUAUUGCAAUUAUUUUCAUUUAUAUCUCAUUGACUGUUACUGGUUACUUUGUGUUAAUUUUGAACUUAGUGAAAUUAAUUAUUAAAAAAGUAAUCAGGUUUUUAUUAUAAUUUAAUUAUUAUGUUACAUUAAUUUUUUGAUAAUGUUUUAUAUUGCUAUUGAACUUUUGAUUUAGGAUAUAAAAUUUGACAUCAGACAAAUAUUGAUAGAGCUGCAAGACAAAAAAAUAACAUCUAACAUGAUUCAAAAUUUUUUUAAAAAUAUUUUGUUAUUUUAUAAACUCACUUUCUCAUAAAAAAAGGUCUUAACAAACAAUUCUGAAAUAUUUACCAUAAAAGCAGCAUUUAUAGCUUUACUAUUUUAUAAUAAAGAAUAAUUAAAAUGGGUUCUAACUGUAUCAGUGAGAAUGCUGUACAUUUACAUAAUGCAUUAAUUUACUGCCAAAAUACUUGAUAAAUUUGCUUUUUUCAUAUGAUUUUGCUUUUUUUUUUUAAACAGUUUUCCGUUUCAAUAUACUGGUACAUUAUUUUAGGUUUGUUAAAAAUUAGAGUCUUUAGAAUAAUGUGUACAUUUGUGUAUAUAUUUUUUCUCGAGUUACAUGUAAUAAAUACAAGUACAUUAUAACAACCUGGGACACACUUUUAAGUGAUUAAAAUAGAGAAAAAAGAACAGAAGAGUGUUUCACCUAACUUUGGGAUGUUGAUAACAUUGAUUAUCUAUAUCCCUGCCUAAUUAUAGUUAAAUUGCCUAAUAAAAGUGAUCAUGUUACAAUUGUAUUUUCAAGCAUUGAAUAUAAUUUUUAACUGCUGAGAGUGUUUAAAACAUUUGACAUGAAAAGUAUGUUAGUGAAGUGAAUGAAUACUUACAUAAAGGUAUUAUUGUGUCAAAUAAUUCUGUUUAUUUUUUACUCAUAUAACUAAUUCAUAUAAAAUCCAUGUAUAUUGAUUUUAUUGAAAAUAACAUUUUUUUAAGUAAUACAAUUACAUAAUUGUUGUUAAAAAAGAGAUAUACAUGUAGUUUUAAAUAGUUAUCUACAUAAAUAUCCAAGGGUAAAUGAGCAUUUUAUAGAAAUCAUGGUACACAGUCUAUGUAUUUAAUAGUACAUGUACCUAUAUCAGACUGAAAUCUUUAAAAAAAACAAAUUGUAAGUUAUUUGCAAAGGAAAAAUCAGUAUUGAAUCUUUUUUUACAACUAUUUACAUUUCAGGCUCUUGAUAUAAAUUAUUUUGUUCCUUCUCAGAUGUAUAUAUGUUUAUUGGAAUGAAAGAAAUAUAUAUGAUUAUUGUUAAGUGAUAAAAUACUAUCAUUAUAUGUGUUGUUACCAUUUAUAUGUGCAAAAAAUAAAAUAAAUAUUGCACUAAAAUAAAAGGUAAACAGUU